AUGGAGGAGAUUAGAGAGGCAGUUUGGGAUUGUGAAUCAUCUAAGGCACCAGGAAGUGAUGGGUAUAACAUGAAUUUCAUUAAAAAGUGCUGGGAUGAUAUCGCACCUAAGUUCACUGGAGACAAGGAGAUUAAGGACCUCCGGCUGAUUAGUAUGAAGAUGAGCUUUGGGUCGAGGUGGAGGGAAUGGGUGAAGGAGUGUGUUAGUACAACUUCUAUGUUGAUUUUGAUAAAUGGCUCACCAACUAAACCUUUUAAGAUGGAAAGGAGUUUGAGACAAGGUGAUCUACUGUCUCCAUUUUUGUUUGUGCUUGUGGCUGAUAUUCUGCAUAGGAUUGUAGGGGAGGCAGUCAGAAACAAACGUAUUUUGCCUUUGCUAGUUGGUAAGGAUAAUAUAGACUUGUCACAUCUCCAGUUUGCAUAUGACACUAUAUUAUUUUGUCCACCGGAAGAGGAGACCAUUAGAAACUAUGUCAGAUUGCUAAGGUGUUUUGAGGUGAUAUCAGGGUUAAGUAUCAACUUCGAUAAGUCUAGUUUGAUCCCAAUCAAUUGCGAACAGUUGUGGACUUACAAUAUGUGCAACUUAUUGGGAUGUAAGGAGGCUAACCUUCCAGUCAGAUAUCUUGGCAUUUCAUUAGGAGAAAACCCAAGGCGGGUCAGCACUUGGAAACCGAUAAUUAAUAAAGUGGAGGAGAAGCUUAGCUUGUGGAAGGUGAAAGUGCUCAAUAAAGCGGGUAAGCUAGUCCUUAUUAAAUCUGUAUUGAAUAGCUUGUCGGUAUACUAUUUGAGCUUGUAUAAGAUACCGAAGGCAAUGGCAGAAAAGAUAAUUUUGUUGCAGAAAAAAUUCCUAUGGAGCAAGAAGGAAGGUAGGAAUGGUCUGAAACUUGUUAAGUGGGCAGUGGUUCAGUCUCCUAAAAAGUGGAUUAGGGGUGGGUGA